GUUCGUGCUUACUUUAUGGCGUAAUAUCCGCAGACGACUUCAAUGACAUAUCUAAAGUCACACACACAGUGCAUUUUCACCGUUUUUAUAAUUAUAAAGACAUAAAAAAACAAAAUACAUGUAUUUGUGCUGUCAUGAAAAAAAUAUUCAAGACGUCCUCGAUAGGUGUAAACUGACUGAACAGCUAAAGUUAAAGAGGAAUAAUUGAAGAAUUACUGGCAUCUAAAAUGAGAAGUUAAAAACCGUUCUAAAGGAAGAUGCUGUUUAAACUUCCUUAUUUUUAGAUCUGACAGGAAGCACUUUCUUCAGUCUGUGGAGAAAUUAUUUGGGUUCCAAACUCUCUAAUGACCAGACAGUAUUAAAAUGAGCGGAGAAGAGGUUUUGUACUCUGAUGUCACAUUCACUAGAACCAAGGAGAAUGAAAGAGAAACGUCUACUUCAGGUUAUGACACAACUUACUCUGAAAUCAGCAUCUUAAAAUCCCAACCUGCUGCGAAACCGUCAGAUACAGGUAUUCAACAAGAGGCAUCAAACAAAGGGUCAAAGGUCACCCCAGCCAGAGCGUCCCUGCUGCUUCUCUGUGGCCUCCUGGCAGCUGCUGUCAUUGGGCUCUCUUUUGAUAAUUUCCAAACCAAGAAAAAUCUGCAAACAAUGGAACGGGAAAUUAAAGCUUUAAAGAGGAAUCUCACAGUUGAACCAUGUCCAAAAGACUGGGAUCAACAUGGGGGAAGCUGUUAUUAUUUCUCCUCCAAUAAACUGACCUGGAACCAGAGCAGAAGUGACUGUAAAAGUCGAGGAGCAGAUCUGGUCCAGAUAAACAGUGAAGAAAAGCAGUGGUUCCUCGAGUACAGAAUUAGAGGAAAAAUGAAUAGUUAUAACGACUGGUUCUGGAUCGGACUGACAGACUCAAAGGAAGAAGACAGAUGGUUGUGGGUGGACGACUCACCUCUGAACACAAGUUUGUCGUUUUGGCACGGCACAGGACCAGACAACUGGACUGGAGAAGAUCCUGCUGGAGAGGACUGUGCUAUUAUGGGAAUGAAAACAGGAGCUUAUAAGCUGAAGUGUUGGUUUGACAUAACGUGUAAUGGAGCGGCACGAAGUGUUUGUGAGAAACCAGCUGAAAGUGGACAACGCUGGAGUCUGGACACGUGGCUCUGGUCUGUAAGAGAAGGAAGAGGAGGUGAACAUGACUAUGGGGAAUGUGGUGAGGGGGUGGAGCCAAAGUGCUGCAACUGUGGAGGAAAGUACAGCGUUGCGUUCAGGGGGUGUGAGGUUUUAAAGAAGGAAGUCAGGGUGCAGCAGGUGAGGAAGAAGAAGAGUAUGACGUCUGUAGAGGCCGUGAAAGAAGUGGAGAGGAGUGAGAUGAGGAGCACAGGAGGGGAAGGACUUCAAGAUGAGGAAAGGAAGCAGCAGGAGGAAAAGAGGGAGCGGGAUAAAAAGAAGAAGUGGGGGACUUUCAUAGCGGGAGUCAUCAACGCUACGUCUGACAUCAAGUCUAGGAGGAAAAGGAUUCAGGUUAUUGGAGGCUGCGUUUCUUUAGAGCCGUCGUUCAUGUCAUCGUGUCCACUCUCCUCCAUGUGUCCAACAGGUGAACGAGCAGAGUCCAACACGGGGUCAAAGGUCAGAUCAGAGAGAGUGGCCCUGCUGCUUCUCAGUGCUCUGCUGGCAGCUGCUGCCGUUGUUAUUUACCGUCUCUCCUCUGACCAUUGUCGAACUAAGGAAAUUCUCCAACUUCUGAAAGCUGAACCAUGUCCAACGUGUGAACCAGGCUGGGAUCAACAUGAAGGAAGCUGUUAUUAUUUCUCCUCCUAUAAACUGACCUGGGACCAGAGCAGAAGUGUCUGUAAAGGUCAAGGAGCAGAUCUGGUGCAGGUGGACAGUGAAGAGGAGCAGAGGUUCCUGGAGAACAGAGUUAGAGGGAAAAUGAAUGAUGCUCAGGACAAGUUCUGGAUCGGACUGACAGACUCAGAGGAAGAAGGCAGAUGGUUGUGGGUGGACGACUCACCUCUGAACACAAGCUGUUCUUUCUGGAGCUCGAAGCAGCCGGACAACUAUGCAGGAACUCAUGCAGAGGGAGAGGACUGUGUGAGGAUGGGGCUUAAAGGAGGAGCCAAAGACCUGAGGUGUUGGUUUGACAGAGUCUGCAGUGACCCUCAGAAACACAUAUGUGAGAAAGCAGCAGCACCUGGACGUCGUCCUAACGCUCAUCACUGAGACGUCCUCAGGUCACGAUGGAGACGCUGAGCAGCGCGUCUGUUAGUGAAUAACAGCGUGGAACGACCUCCCUGAGGCCUCCACAAUCUCCUGCUCUCAACUUGGUGCAUGUUCUGUUUAAAUAAGCUGCAAAAUCACAUCUUUAAAGUCUCGCUUCACUUUACUUUUUAAUUAUUAAAGCUGUACAUUAGUAUUUUAGAUCACAGCGUGUGUCUGUUCUUCAGGUUUCCAUCAUGGAAGCUCUGAACACAGACAAACUCAAAUAAGUAGGAUUUAACAGGUUUGAUUGAGUUGAUACACGAAAUGUGACCACUGUUCAUCAUGAUGUAAAAAUAUUUUCAUUCAUUGAGUCUAUAAUUUCUGUCUCCUUUCAUACAUUAUAUAAAAUGUACUAAAGUGAUUGUGUUAUUACAGCUUCAUUGUGAGAAACUGAACACAAUUAAUAAAUGACUGAUCACUCCCAAAACGUGCAAAUUACAUGUUAUUCAGAAAAAAAUUAACUUAUUGAUGCAUCAGUAGAAAUGUUAAAACUUCAAAGAAAUAAAUGAGGAAGACCAGUUUAUGAAGUGCUUCCUCAUCGCUGUGUUACAGGAAGUCACAGUCUGUAGUCUGGUUCUAGUUCUAUCAAACGCUUCAGUGAUCACAGCAGCAAAAUGCCUGAAGCCGAGGUCGUUUACGCUGAUGUCAAGUUCACAGCAUCAAAGGAAAACAAAGGUGAGACUGAACCUGUCGUUGACUGUAUAUGUUCGUAGUCUUCAUAUGUUCACGAUGAAGGACGAUCAUAC